AUGGGGCUAAUUGAGAGCACCAGGCCAGACCAGACCAGUCCACCACCACCACCAACACCACCGAAAAAAUUCGCUAUACAUAACGAAUCCGGUCCUCGCGGCGCCGUUGGCGGUUGCAGCACCCCCGGCAGUAGAGUGGAUCCCUGGUGGAAUCCUGGUCCCCUCUUCCCAUCAGCCACGACGCCAGGACCACCAAGGAUCGACGAGGGGCCUCCAGGAACUCACAGCAGCAUCAGCAAUACCACCAAUAAUCCAUAUCUGUCGUCUCCCUCACCAUAUCACAGCACCACCACCACCACCUCCACCGCCGCCACCAACAGCAACAACAAUAACAACGACCAUCAGCAGACAAAUAGAAACUUGACGUCACCGUACAGUGUCGCCUCGGCGACGAGUCCGUCUACCUCAUCGCCAACCUUUGGCCAGGUGGACUCGUUGUCAAGGUGUUCGGAUGCUGUAGGAACAAAUCCAAACAAUUCAAAUCUGUCUGAGAACGUGCUGUCCAAUCUGCUGGCCCCCAAAUCAUCAGAUUCCUCGCACUUGGGCCCCCAAGGUGUCGAGCACACUGUACAAUCGAACGGUACAGUAUUAGCAACUUUAUUAUCAACGACAUCAAGCAGUUUAGAAUAUACACCAUCUCCCAAUUCGACAACGGGAUCGUCGGCAAUAAGAAACCCCCAGGCUAGUAAUAUCGCGGUUGCCGUCUCAUCGCCCUCCUCAUCCACCUCAUCGCGUGAUUCUUUGACUGGUAUAUUAUCUUCAUUGAACGUCAAAAUCAAGUCAGAGGAUCAAUCACGUCGUGAAGAGUCCUCGGGCUUUUGCACAUCGUUAUUAAGCUCACUUCUGUCAACCUCGCGCAUCUCAACAACGAGAAAUCUCGAGGAGUCUGCAGAUCAGCAGAUUGAGGAAGCGAGUAUAAAAGUUGAGUAUUCGCUGAGUGCAACAUCGCCGUGCAGCAACGUAUUAGAAGCCUCUGAAGAGGAUCUCGUUGCAACGUCGCCAUACGAUAUCAUCAGCACAAGUGCGAGGUGUAUAAAGCAGUCAGCUGGAGGCUGUCGCAGUCAAGUCUCACCGACAUCUGAAAUUGCGAUAGAAAUGAAGUACGAAACGCAGACGGGUCCCCCACCGGGGCCACCGCAUUUAACGUCGACGGGAGUUGAGCCGCCACACAGCAGCCAAGGGAGUGGAAUGGUGAUUGGUGCAUCACCUGGUGAAGUUGUAGGAGUUGAUAGUCUGUUACUGCCGUGGGGCACAACAGGUUCCGAUUUCCUGGAGCCACCGGACGUCAAACAGACGGCAGGAGGGCUUCAGGAUGCCUGGGACACCCUUCUUCUUGGCUCUUCGGUUGGUGUUGCGUCAGCACAGUCGUUGGCAGAGUUGAAACCGUUACCACCGUUCACAGGAUACACAGGACAUCUCAGUAUCAAUGGCAUUCCUGGCCAUCAUUAUCAUACAAUAGCUUCAUCAGCGCAGCGACCAACGAUGCAGUCGUCGUCCUCCCCAACCCCCUCGUCCAACCAAGAGUAUUACGAGUCAUCGGUCGUUUCGUCCAGCACCCCUUGCCCCCAGGCGAGUCAAAAGCAUCAGCAUCACCAUCAGCAACAGCAGCAGCAGCAACAGCAGCAGCACCAACCGCAGCAGCAUCACCAUCAACCUCAACAAUUACCCCAAUCGACGCAACAAGUUGACUAUGAUAUCGAGGACAUUGCCGAAAUAAUUGGCUCGGCGAUUGCUGAUACUACUGUACCUGGAAGUAAUAAUGGCCCUGGCUCUGAGCACGAUCCGGACGCCUCGAGAGACUGGAUUGAUAUUGCCGAGUGGAUCAAUACAGCGUGCUCGCCCAAGGGUCACGAGACCUCAUCGCCGAGUCCCUACCCUCAGAUGUAUACUUCGACAAAUCCUGCGAGUCAGACACACCCGCACGGAUCAACACUCCAGAGCCUCCUGACAACUGGCUAUGCUCCAUUGCUCCAAGCCAGACUCCAGGCUGGCAAUACAAAUAUGCAAAAUACCUCGUGCGGUGAAACCCCGUCAUCAACGAGCCCCUAUCCACCUGUUAGUCCGCCCGGUAGAGUAUCGACAUCGUGCAGUCCAGAUCACUUGCUUCACUCAUCAUUCCCCGCGCCAUCACAUGCAAGAAAAAGAUCUCGGCCAAAUCCCUCCAAUCAGAAUCCCUCGAAAAAGAGUCCAGCUACUUCUGCCUUGGCCUAUGGCACGGAAUCGGGACUCAUCGGAGGCAAAGAGAAACCUGUACACAGGUGUUCGAUAUGCAAUCGAGGAUUCCUCAAUAAAAGCAAUAUCAAGGUUCAUCUGAGAACGCACACUGGUGAGAAACCAUUCAGGUGUGAGGUUUGCGGAAAGGCAUUCAGACAAAAAGCACAUCUCAUCAAGCAUCAGCAGAUCCACAAGAGGAUCGGCAGGGAUUAA